GUUCGCAUAUAUAAGCUGCUGCACAUAUGCCGAGUUGACCUAUGGCCAUGCAUUGCUGCGCUCUUAUUCUCUCUUUCGUCCUCAGUUUCUCAUAUGUUUUCGCGGACACACCUGCAAACUGCACUUAUGAAGAUGCCAGAGGGGAAUGGCGUUCAAGAAACCUCGACUGUCUUUGUGACUCUUCUGUACCCAAACAUUGCUAAAGACCACUUUGGAAACACUGGAACAUGGACCUUGAUAUAUAAUCAGGGGUUUGAAAUAACUCUCUCUCAUAGAAAGUGGUUGGUAAUGUUUGAUUAUGAUAGCGUUACGCUGAAAUCAGAUUGUGGCAGAGGAAUACCGGGUUGGACGCAUGACACUCUGAUUCGUCAGUGGUUCUGCUUCUCUGCUCAGAAAGUAGGAUACACACCUUCGCUAAAUAUCGUACCAAUAGCUGUUGAUAAUCAGUAUCUUGGCAAUAGAUUGUAUCAGAAAAAUACUGAUUUUAUUUCUCAGAUAAAUUCAGUU